AUGCUGCUGGUAAACACUGGUGCUGAGUCUUUGGAGCAGAAGCUGUAUUCAGUACAUCUGAUUGAUCUGAUUUCUGUUGUGGGUCAGAAUGAUAUUUACCAGCAAACAGAAACUGGGGGAAAUCAGUCAAGCAUGAUAACAUUCGUCCUUCUAGGAUUUGGGAAUCACCUCGAACUGCGAAUUAUCCUCUUUAUGUUAUUUGUAGCCAUUUAUAUUUUGGCUCUUAUGGGGAACCUUUUAAUUGUUCUACUGGUCACAACAGACCAGCACCUUCACACCCCCAUGUAUUUCUUCCUCAUGAAUUUGUCCUGCUUGGAGAUGUGCUACAUUUCCACCAUUCUACCCAGGAUGCUGGCUAGUUUCCUAACAGGCAACAGAUCCAUAUCUGUUGGGGGCUGUAUAGCACAAUAUUAUUUCUUUGGUAUCUUUGCAACCACUGAAUGUUACCUUCUGGCCGUGAUGUCUUAUGAUCGUUACCUGGCAAUCUGCAAACCUCUACACUAUACAGCUCUUAUGACCAGGAGGCUUUGCAUGCAGUUGGCUUCUACAUCUUGGUUGAGUGGCUUACUGACCAACACCAUCAUCACCUCUUUUAUGUUACAGUUAACAUUUUGCAGACCCUAUGAAAUUGACCAUUUCUUUUGUGACGUAUAUCCUGUCUCAAACCUCUCCUGUAGCAAUCCUUAUGUUGUGAAGCUUGCAACCUUCAUUCUCGGCCUCAUGGGAACUGUCCCUCCUUUUGUGUUAACUUUGGCUUCCUACAUCUGCAUUAUUCUCACCAUCUUGAGAAUUCAGUCCAAAAGUGCACAACAGAAGACCUUCUCCACCUGCUCUUCCCAUCUCAUUGUUGUGACCCUCUUCUAUGGGUCACUAAUCCUUGUAUAUAUUGUUCCUGAAACAGUGACCCUGAAGGAGCUACACAAAACCUUUUCCCUGUUUUACACUGUUCUGACUCCUAUGCUCAACCCGCUCAUAUACAGCUUGAGAAACCGAGAGGUGAAGGAAGCUCUUCGCAGAUGUACCAGGAAAUUUAGCAACAGGGUUUCUUAA